AAAAAACAGAGAAUCCAAAUCCAAAGAACAAAGAGAAAAAGAGAUGAGGUUUUGUUCCCAAGUGGCAUCUGCAUGGCCUUAAACUAGUAUCUUCUCUUCUCUUCUACCAUAUUUCAACAUCAUCUUGAACCUCUCUCUCCUUCUAUCCCUCCAAAACAGUCAGUCCUUUUCUUUAUCAAUUAUCAAACACCCAUUUCCUUUGUCACUUCUGCUUAUUUGUUACUGUCUUUCUCUAGAAAUGGCUUCCUCCUCUGCUACUAUGGCUGUAGCUGACGUUUCCUCAUCUUCUUACGCCAAGUCCCGCCUUUUGAAGUCUUCCCAGUUCUCAUUCUUGUCCAACCCUCUACACAGUCAUCGCCGUUGUGCUUUUCGGUCUCUUCCUCCUACUCGAUAUGCCAGAAUUUCUUGCUCUGUUGCUCCCAAUCAGGUUGAAGUUCCGAUCCCUGUACAAGGCGAAGACCCAAAGAACAAGCCUGAGUGCUAUGGGGUGUUCUGCCUCACUUAUGAUCUCAAAGCUGAAGAAGAGACGAAAUCAUGGAAGAAACUAAUUAAUAUUGCAGUCUCAGGCGCUGCUGGAAUGAUAUCUAAUCAUCUACUUUUCAAACUUGCAGCUGGUGAGGUUUUUGGUCCAGACCAACCUAUAGCAUUGAAACUACUGGGAUCUGAGAGGUCUAUUCAAGCUCUUGAAGGAGUUGCCAUGGAAUUGGAGGACUCCUUGUUUCCCUUAUUGAGAGAGGUCAGCAUAGGCAUUGAUCCGUAUGAGGUGUUUCAAGAUGCAGAAUGGGCUCUUUUAAUUGGAGCAAAGCCUCGAGGACCUGGACUGGAACGAGCAGACUUGUUAGACAUAAACGGACAGAUCUUUGCGGAGCAGGGAAAAGCUCUCAAUACUGUUGCGUCUCGUAAUGUCAAAGUUAUAGUGGUUGGCAACCCCUGUAAUACCAAUGCUCUAAUUUGUUUGAAAAACGCUCCAAACAUACCUGCAAAGAAUUUCCAUGCUUUAACACGGUUGGAUGAAAACAGAGGAAAAUGUCAGCUUGCCCUUAAAGCAGGAGUAUUCUAUGAUAAAGUGUCUAACAUGACAAUUUGGGGAAACCACUCAACUACUCAGGUUCCAGACUUCUUAAAUGCUAGAAUAGAUGGUGUGCCUGUCAAAGAGGUCAUCAAGGAUAACAAGUGGUUAGAGGAGGACUUCACCCAAAUAAUUCAGAAGAGAGGUGGGGUGCUUAUUAAAAAAUGGGGAAGAUCUUCUGCAGCAUCAACUGCUGUGUCAAUUGUUGAUGCCAUGAAAUCUUUGGUUACACCAACCCCCGAGGGUGAUUGGUUUUCUACAGGAGUUUACACCAAUGGAAAUCCGUAUGGUAUUGCAGAGGAUAUCGUUUUCAGUAUGCCAUGCAGAUCAAAGGGAGAUGGUGACUAUGAACUUGUAAAGGAAAUUCAAUUUGAUGAUUACCUCAAAAACCGAAUAGCAAAGAGUGAAGCUGAAUUACUAGCUGAGAAGAGAUGUGUGGCUCAUCUUAUUGGCGAGGGCAUUGGUUACUGUGAUCUACCUGGGGACACAAUGCUGCCGGGAGAGAUGUAAUGAAGAAAAAGCAACUCUUAUCCCCAGGAUUCAUACCCAAGUUAUCAUAAAUGACCAAAUGAGAGAAGAAAAAAUGAAUAUGAACCAUGUAAAUUAAGCAUGAAAAAGUUUAUUGGUCUAUAAAAUUUUGAGAUAAUGAGUAUAGUUCUCAUGAAAAAGAAAACAUAUAAGAAAAUUAAUAUUAAUAAUAAUGAGUCUCAAUUCCACUAUAAAAUAGACGCCCUACCUUUUCUUUUUCUUUUAUCUCAUUUACUUGUGAAUUUAUGGUGCAAAUGUGUGAUCAAUUGCUGGAUAAUUAUAUAUGUAAUUGAAUAAAUAAUGUUUAAAGCUUGGUUUACGUA